UAUAAAGGUUCCUCGUACCCCGUUUUCUCUUCCCAUUCUUCCCCCGGCGAGUCUCGCCGAAGCAUUCUUCUCUUCAGAAGCACCGGCAUCGAAGAACCCGGCGUCUUCCGCAGAAAGAACGAAAGACCUUGGCGUCGAACCCCCAAGAAAGAAGCCAUGGAGUCCUCGAACCUUUCGCCGCUUCAAGAAGAGGGUUCCGAAGGACAACCUCCUUCUGCUUUCUCUCCGGAUUCCAUCCCUCCUCGACCAGCAUCUCAGAGUUCACUUGAAAAGUAUUCACGUUUAGAAUGGUCAGAUUAUUUUGACAAAGAAGAAGAUGUAACUAUUCCAGAAACAAAUAAUGUCUUUCAUGUUUACAUGGCUGGAUCAAAGGGGCCAGUUGUUUUUUGCCUACAUGGAGGUGGCUACUCAGGGCUCUCUUUUGCAUUGUCUGCAAGUAAAAUCAAGGAAAGGGCCCAGGUUGUUGCCAUGGACCUGCGAGGGCAUGGAAAGUCAUCCACUGACAAUGAUCUGGACUUAUCUAUUGAAACUCUAUCCAAUGAUGUUUUGGCUGUUUUGAAGACAAUAUAUGGAAAUUCCCCACCUGCAAUUAUACUUGUUGGCCACAGCAUGGGAGGUUCUGUGGCUGUGCAUGUAGCUGCAUCGAAAGCAAUGGCUAAUGUGCACGGCCUUGUUGUUGUUGAUGUUGUUGAGGGCACAGCCAUGGCAUCAUUGGUCCAUAUGCAGAAAAUCCUGUCAAAUCGAAUGCAGUACUUCCCCACCAUCGAGAAAGCAGUUGAGUGGAGUGUCAGAGGAGGCCCAUUAAGAAAUGUUGAAUCUGCCCGUAUAUCUAUCCCAUCAACGUUAAAAUAUGAUAAUGCAAAGAAAUGUUUUACAUAUCGCACUUCUCUGGAAGAAACAGAGAAAUACUGGAAAGGCUGGUAUGAGGGCCUCUCAGAGAAGUUCUUAUCGUGCUCAGUGCCAAAGCUCUUACUAUUAGCAGGAACGGACAGAUUAGACAGACUUCUUACAAUUGGUCAAAUGCAAGGCAAGUUUCAAAUGGUGGUUGUCCGCCACACUGGACAUGCUAUACAGGAAGAUGUCCCUGAGGAAUUUGCUUCGCUUGUACUGAAUUUUAUAUCUCGCAAUCGGAUAGGCCCUCAUGGUGUUGAGAUACCAGCCCUCAUCCAACGACAACAGUAGAGCGAAACUAUUAUUUUUUUCAGCAUAGUGCAUGGGAAUGUCGAGGAGCUCCCAGUUGCUGGAUGAUGAGAUAUGCGCCACUGCAAUUGUUUGUGAAAGUUGAUCCACAUGGAAAGGUUUAUCGGAAUUUAUUUGUAGAAUUUAACAGAAAGGCUAUACUGCAAUUUCUGCAUGCUCAUGAUGCUUAAUGAAAAAGGCAGAAUCUUUUGUUUGUUAAUACCCGCAUGAUUUGAACCAUGUUAUCUUCAUUUCUGGACUGUAGAUGUUUGGAGAGUUUAUAUAAUGAAUCCUGAACUUUCAUUUUCCAUAAAAAAUGAAAACUUAAGAACCA